CUUCCGUGUCCCAGUCCCCUACUGUUCCAUUCCAUCUUCUUCUCGCUCACUUCUCUCUCACAUACAGAAGGGAAAAAAACUUGAUUUCUUUUGAAUCUUAAUAUUUAUCACAAUUCUAAGUUGUUGGGUUUGAAGGAAUUAAGAAAAAGACAGAAAAUAAAAUUAUGGGAUCGUUGAAGAACGAAGAGGAGCUGGAACAAAUCGGGGAGGAGUCAAAAGAGGCCAUAUUGUAUGUCAAUGGAAUUCGUAAAGUUUUGCCUGAUGGGUUGGCUCACUUCACCCUUCUUGAGUACCUCAGAGAUAUAGGUUUGACGGGGACAAAGCUUGGUUGUGGUGAAGGCGGUUGCGGUGCUUGCACUGUUAUGGUUUCCCAUUAUGACCAAGAACGGAAGAAAUGUUUGCACUAUGCUGUCAAUGCAUGCUUGGCUCCUUUGUAUUCUGUAGAAGGGAUGCACGUAAUUACGGUGGAAGGACUAGGGAGCCACAAACAGGGCUUGCAUCCGAUUCAAGAAUCAUUGGCAAGAUCUCAUGGCUCACAAUGUGGAUUUUGCACCCCUGGUUUUAUCAUGUCGAUGUAUGCAUUGUUAAGGUCAAGUCAGAAACCACCUAGUGAGGAGCAGAUUGAAGAAUGCCUUGCAGGAAAUUUGUGUCGAUGCACAGGUUACAGACCAAUUGUUGAGGCUUUUCGUGUCUUUGCCAAAACAAAUGAUACACCAUACAUUGAUAUAUCUUCGCUAAGCCGUGAAGGAGGUGCGUUUGUGUGCCCUUCAACUGGAAAGCCCUGUUCGUGUGGUUUGAAAAGUGAGAGUUCAUGCACCACUCUUGAAAGUGGUACUUGUGACGACAAGAGGUAUGAACCUGUCUCAUACAGUGAAAUUGAUGGAAGCUCAUACACAGACAAGGAGUUUAUUUUUCCUCCUGAGCUACUAUUGAGAAAAUCGACGUAUUUAAGUUUAACUGGUUUUAGUGGGUUAAAGUGGUUUAGACCUUUGAGACUUAAACAAGUGCUAGAGUUGAAACAAAAAUUCCCUGAUGCAAAAUUAUUGGUAGGUAAUACUGAGGUAGGAAUUGAAAUGAGGUUUAAGAAAAUUGAGUAUCGGGUAUUGAUUUCUGUUACUCAUGUAUCUGAACUCAGUAUAUUGAAUGUCAAGGAUGAUGGCAUAGAGAUAGGUUCUGCAGUAAGACUUUCUGAACUACUUAAGGUUUUAAGAAAGGUCAUAACAGAACGUGCAGUUCAUGAAACUUCAUCUUGUACGGCCUUCGUUGAACAAUUAAAAUGGUUUGCUGGGAUGCAAAUAAGAAAUGUUGCAUGUGUGGGUGGAAAUAUAUGUACAGCCAGUCCAAUAUCAGACUUGAACCCUCUUUGGAUGGCCUCUAGAGCAAAGUUUCGAAUUAUUGAUUGCAAAGGGAACAUUAGAACGACGCUGGCAGAAAAGUUUUUCCUGGGUUAUCGUAAGGUGGAUCUGGCAAGUGGUGAAAUUUUGCUCUCUGUAUUUUUACCUUGGACUAGGCCUUUUGAGUAUGUGAAAGAAUUUAAGCAAGCUCACAGAAGGGAUGAUGAUAUAGCGAUAGUGAAUGCUGGAAUUCGUGUUCAUCUUGAGGAAAGAGGUGACAGUAGGGUUGUGUCUGAUGCAUCUAUUGUUUAUGGUGGAGUUGCUCCACUCUCUCUUUCUGCAACAAGAACAAAAGAUUUUCUCAUUGGAAAGAGUUGGAACAAGGAGCUGUUGCAGGGUGCUUUGAAAGUCCUGCAAAAAGAUGUAUUGCUCAAGGAUGAUGCUCCUGGUGGGAUGGUGGAGUUUCGUAAAUCUUUGACCCUUAGCUUUUUCUUCAAAUUUUUUCUUUGGGUUUCUCAUCAGAUGGAAGGGGAUCAUUGCAUUAAGGAGAGAGUACCAUUAUCCCAUCUUUCUGCUGUACAAUCAUUUCUCCGGCCACCUGUUAUAGGAACUCAAGACUAUGAAAUUACAAAACAUGGGACAGCUGUUGGGUCUCCUGAGGUUCAUUUAUCAGCAAGACUUCAGGUUACAGGAGAGGCAGAAUAUUCUGAUGACACACCAUUGCCUCAGAAUGGUUUGCAUGCUGCUUUAAUACUCAGCAGAAAGCCUCAUGCUCGUAUACUUGCAAUUGAUGGUUCUGGAGCAAAGUUAUCACCUGGGUUUGCAGGAAUGUUUUUUUCUAACGAUGUUCCAGCUGAUAAUAAAAUUGGACCUGUUGUUUACGAUGAGGAACUAUUUGCUUCAGAAUUUGUCACUUGUGUUGGUCAGGUUAUCGGAGUGAUAGUUGCUGAUACACAUGAAAAUGCAAAACUAGCAGCAAGGAAGGUUCUUGUUGAGUAUGAAGAGCUCCCACCCAUCUUAUCAAUACUGGAUGCCAUCAAUGCCAAUAGUUACCAUCCUAAUACAGAGAGGUGUUUUAGGAAAGGGGAUGUGGAUCUUUGCUUUCAAUCACAUCAAUGUGAGAAUGUCAUAGUGGGGGAAGUUCGAGUGGGAGGACAGGAACACUUCUAUUUGGAGCCACAAAGCAGUGUGGUAUGGACAAUGGAUGGUGGCAACGAAGUUCAUAUGAUCUCAUCCACUCAGGCCCCUCAGAAGCAUCAGAAAUACGUUUCUCAUGUUCUUGGUCUUCCAAUGUCAAAAGUAGUUUGUAAAACUAAACGGAUUGGUGGUGGUUUUGGUGGCAAGGAGACUAGAUCAGCUUUUGUUGCUGCUGCAGCCUCUGUACCAUCAUAUCUCUUAAAUCGUCCAGUUAAAAUUACAUUAGACCGUGAUACAGACAUGAUGAUAACUGGGCAACGCCAUAGCUUUCUUGGAAAGUACAAGGUUGGAUUUACAAAUGAGGGAAAGGUGUUGGCACUAGAUCUUGAAAUCUACAAUAAUGGUGGAAAUUCACUAGAUUUGUCCCUUCCUGUGCUUGAACGUGCUAUGUUUCACUCAGAUAAUGUCUAUGAGAUUCCAAAUGUGAGGAUUGUGGGAAGGGUUUGCUUCACAAACAUUCCAAGUAACACUGCUUUUCGAGGAUUUGGUGGUCCUCAAGGUAUGCUUAUUACUGAAAAUUGGAUUCAAAGGAUUGCUGCCGAACUCAAAAAAAGCCCCGAAGAGAUAAGAGAAAUUAAUUUUCAAGGUGAAGGGUCAAUAUUGCAUUAUGGUCAACAACUUCAACACUGUACACUGGGUCCGCUAUGGAGUGAACUAAAGUUAUCUUGUGAAUUUUCAAAAGCUCGCUACGAAGUUGACCAAUUUAAUAUUCAAAAUCGGUGGAGGAAGCGUGGUGUUGCCAUGGUUCCAACGAAGUUUGGCAUAUCAUUUACAUUAAAGCUUAUGAACCAGGCAGGUGCUCUUGUUCAUGUCUACACGGAUGGAACUGUUUUAGUCACACAUGGAGGUGUUGAGAUGGGGCAAGGUUUGCAUACAAAAGUAGCUCAGGUCGCUGCUUCUGCCUUCAAUAUCCCUCUCAGUUCUGUCUUUAUAUCAGAGACAAGUACUGACAAGGUUCCUAAUUCAUCACCAACAGCAGCUUCCGCGAGUUCUGAUAUGUAUGGAGCUGCAGUUCUGGAUGCAUGUGAGCAAAUCAAGGCACGCAUGGAGCCUAUUGCUUCACAACAAAAUUUCAGCUCUUUUGCUGAGCUUGCAAGUGCAUGCUAUGUGGCGCGGAUAGAUCUUUCUGCACAUGGGUUUUACAUUACACCUGAAAUUGACUUUGAUUGGACAACUGGUAAAGGGAACCCGUUCAGAUACUUCACCUAUGGGGCUGCUUUUGCUGAGGUUGAAGUUGACACAUUGACUGGAGAUUUUCACACUAGGGUGGCAAACAUAUUCUUGGAUCUUGGAUACUCUCUCAACCCAGCAAUCGAUGUUGGCCAGAUCGAAGGAGCCUUUAUACAAGGUUUGGGAUGGGUAGCUCUAGAAGAACUUAAGUGGGGUGAUUCUGCUCAUAAAUGGAUCUCACCAGGUUGCCUCUACACAUGUGGACCUGGAAAUUACAAAAUUCCUUCCAUAAAUGAUGUCCCCUUCAAAUUUAGCGUUUCACUUCUGAAGGGACAUCCAAAUGUGAAGGCGAUCCACUCAUCCAAAGCAGUUGGUGAGCCACCAUUUUUCUUGGCUUCGGCUGUCUUUUUUGCCAUCAAAGAUGCAAUCAUAGCUGCGAGAGCGGAAGUAGGGUCUAAGGAGUGGUUUCCACUAGAUAAUCCAGCGACGCCUGAACGAAUACGGAUGGCUUGUUUGGAUGAAAUUACUGCAGGAAUUAUUAGCUCAGACUUCCGCGCCAAGCUUAGUAUUUGAUUGUUAGUUUCUCUUUUCCUGUAUUUAGCAUACACCACUGGUAUAUACUAUUUUCUGUUUUCCUGUAUUUAGCAUACACCACGGGUAUAUACUACUGUACAGACUACGAGACUCUAUAUUCUUUCUCAUGUUUCUACCAACCAACCAAUUACAAGAUAUGCAUGUAAUAUGUGUAAAUCAGAAGUAUUAUGAUGAUUAAAUGAUUAUAAUAAAAAGCAAUAAUUGUGAAUA